UUGUGUAUUUUAAUAUUUUUGAUCGGGUAUUCUAUAUGAAGUACAUCAUGCAUCUAUAAUAAGUAGUUUACGAAGGAAAUAUUAAAUAGUACCAACCACCAUGGACUAAAUAACAAAGAUGAAGUCAAGAGGCCUUUCCUUAUAAGAAGGGAUAAGGAGAGCGAACUAGUCAAAGUAUAUCUCCUAUUAUAAUCUUUUAUCUCCAAGAGCUUUGAUUAUACUCACUACUAGUAGUUCGAUCAAAGCUACAAAGACAUUUGCUCCUAUCGAAUUACAACGUGUACAACUAUGGCUGGUGGAGUUCUUGCCGACGAAGGUGCCUUAAAGAGAGCUCAUCUCUAUGAGCAUCGUAUCACUGCUUACUUCAUAUUUGCUUGCAUCGUUGGAUCCUUAGGAGGGUCUCUCUUCGGCUAUGAUCUCGGAGUCUCUGGUGGUGUUACAUCAAUGGACGAUUUCUUGAUAGAGUUCUUCCCAGGAAUCUAUAAAAGAAAGCAAAACCAUAUGCACGAAACAGAUUACUGCAAAUACGACAACCAAAUCCUCACACUCUUCACCUCUUCCCUCUACUUCGCCGGUUUGAUCUCAACUUUUGGAGCCUCUCAUGUUACAAGAAUCUAUGGCAGAAGAGGAAGCAUCCUCGUUGGCUCCGUCAGCUUCUUCCUCGGAGGAGUUGCCAAUGCUGCCGCCAAGAACAUCCUCAUGUUGAUCCUUGGUCGAAUCUUCCUUGGAAUAGGCAUUGGAUUCGGAAACCAGGCGGUUCCAUUAUACCUCUCGGAGAUGGCUCCAGCAAAGAUCCGAGGAACCGUGAACCAGCUUUUCCAGCUAACAACUUGCAUAGGCAUCUUAGUGGCUAAUCUGAUAAACUACAAAACAGACCAAAUCCAUCCUUGGGGAUGGAGGCUCUCUCUUGGCCUCGCCGUGGUACCAGCUACACUCAUGUUCAUCGGAGGACUCUUCUUACCGGAGACACCAAACAGUCUCGUCGAACAAGGGAAGCUCGAGGAAGCUAAAGCAGUACUGAUCAAAGUACGUGGCACAAACAACAUCGAAGCUGAGUUUCAAGAUCUUGUUGAAGCUAGUGAAGCUGCGAGAGCCGUGAAGAAUCCGUUUAGGAACCUUUUUGCUCGGAGGAACAGACCGCAGCUAGUGAUUGGAGCUAUUGGUCUUCCUGCGUUUCAGCAGCUAACGGGAAUGAACUCUAUUUUGUUCUAUGCUCCGGUUAUGUUCCAGAGUUUAGGGUUUGGUGGUUCUGCGUCGCUUAUCUCGUCCACAAUGACAAACGCUGCGUUAGUUAUUGCCGCGAUCAUGUCUAUGUACUCGGCUGAUAAAUUUGGAAGAAGGUUCCUUCUUCUUGAAGCUAGCGUCGAGAUGUUUUGUUAUAUGGUCGUAGUAGGAGUAACACUAGCCUUGAAGUUUGGGGAAGGCAAAGAGCUACCGAAGUCGCUAGGUCUGGUCCUUGUGAUCCUUAUUUGUCUGUUUGUGUUGGCGUACGGUCGGUCAUGGGGACCAAUGGGAUGGUUAGUUCCGAGUGAGAUAUUCCCACUAGAGACACGAUCAGCUGGUCAGAGUGUUGUCGUGUGUGUAAACCUUUUCUUCACGGCGCUUAUCGCGCAGUGUUUCCUCGUGUCGCUAUGUCAUCUCAAGUACGGAAUAUUCCUUUUGUUCGCCGGACUUGUGUUCGGGAUGGGAAGUUUCGUUUACUUUCUGUUGCCGGAGACGAAGCAGGUUCCUAUUGAAGAGGUUUAUCUUCUGUGGAGACAGCAUUGGCUUUGGAAGAGAUAUGUGGAAGAUCAUGAUGAAAAGACCGAUCAGUAGACGAUUAACAUAAAGUUUAGGAGUUCAAAACUUCAAAACGUGUUUUUUUUUCUUGAAUAACUUAUCUAAAGUGUUUUAAGCGAAAAAAGAAGAUAUAUAUUUUAUAAAUAUUUAAGAAAAGAAGAACAUUUGUAA